UGUGCCAUCUGAUUGGUAGAUGUACUUAACCCGCCAAAGGACCUUUUAAGCAACAAUUCAUGCACGAAGCCUAUCGUUUGACUACUACAUACCAAAGGUACCGAACCAAGUAGGUUUAGGUAAUUAGCUGGCUAGGUACUACCCAUAUUCAAUUCCAUAUUAGCCAUACAUAUAUCAGUAUGUCAACUUCCCAAUCUUCAUCCCAGCCGGCUACUAUCAACUACGUGGCUGGCUUCCUACUCGUCGGGCUUGCAUGGGGAUUCACGACGCCCUUCAUCCGCCGUGCAGCUAAAGACCAUAAUCCGCCGGCUCAUCCGACCCUAGCAAGAGCCGACGUAAAAGCCAGCUGGGUAAAGAGUAAACUUUACGGCGCAUUUUUUGCUAUUCUCGACCUGUUGAAAAAUCCAAGAUAUGCUAUCCCGCUGCUGAUUAACCUGACCGGGAGUGUUUGGUUCUUCCUCCUCAUCGGCCAAGCAGAACUAAGCUUGACGGUCCCAAUCGUAAAUACGCUAGCAUUCCUAUUCACAGUACUUGGCGAUUGGUGGGUUGACAAGAAAGUUAUAAGCAGGGAUACUUGGAUUGGAAUGAUCUUGUCGUUAUGUGGCAUCGCGUUAUGUGUCCAGAGUAAAUCCGCUUGGUAGUUUCUGUUGAGCGUGAUACUAUCGAUAGUUACGAAGUGAUGAUGAUAUUAGAGGGCCCUAGAAAGAUAUCGGAUCGGAACUAGGAGUACGGGAAUAACCCAUCACUGGGCAACAUCGCACAUCUACAGAUAUUCAUAUGAAUUAUGAAUACAGGUGUCUAUCAUACGGACGGACUCUUGAUGAUUCUCAACUUGAUACUAAAAAUAGAGGCCUAUUGUCUCUAAGAACACGUACGUGAGCUUACUCUUAUCCUUGUUUCACGCGAGCAUUCGAUAUGGAUGUUGUGUUACGGGGAGAAUAUAUCGCACGCUAUCGGUAUUUACCCUGGUAACACGAUAGCUGGUUAAAAGAUCACUGUAGGUUAAAACAUGGCGUUUCGUGUAAAACAUGCUUACGCAGGACACAGGGUAUCUCAGAUCGUCCCUUGCCACAAUAGCCCUUUGGGGGGGGG